CUGAGAAUGGGAUUGGUCCUCUCUCUUUCUAUAGUCCCUCUCUACAGAGUGGGUUUGGUCCUCUCUUUCCUCUACGAUGGCCAUCCUCACGGAGCUCGCCCUAUUCCCCACAAUUUCUGCAUUUUCCGGCCAAGUUCCGACCGGCUCUUCCUUCUCUCUCUCAUCAAAACCCAAUGCCUUUCCCUUCCUUUCUUCCUCUGCAUUUUCUCACACAUCAAAACCCCUUAAAAAUCCCCUUAAAAAUCCAGGAAGAUGGCGCAAGCGCCUUCAAUGCGUUCUAGAACAAAAGGAAGCAGUGGCGCCGCCUCCUUCAACGGCAGAAGGAGAGGGCUUAAACGAGGUUUUGGACUGUGUUAUUGUGGGGGGUGGCAUCAGUGGGUUGAGCAUUGCUCAGGCCCUUGCUACCAAGCACAAGGACGAGGCUAAAAAGGUAAUUGUGACAGAGGCCAAUGGUAGGGUGGGUGGCAAUAUCACCACUUUAGAGAGAGAUGGGUAUUUGUGGGAGGAAGGCCCCAAUAGUUUUCAGCUCUCUGAUCCAAUGUUAACAAUGGUGGUGGAUAGUGGCUUGAAAGAUGACCUUGUAUUGGGUGACCCCAAUGCACCACGUUUUGUUUUAUGGGGUGGAAAAUUGAGACCUGUUCCUUCAAAGCCUACUGAUUUACCCUUUUUUGACUUGAUGAGCUUCGGUGGAAAGUUACGAGCAGGCUUUGGUGCACUUGGUUUGCGGCCUCCACCUCCAGGUCACGAGGAAUCAGUUGAGGACUUUGUUCGUCGUAACCUUGGUGAUGAGGUGUUCGAACGGUUGAUUGAACCAUUUUGCUCAGGGGUCUAUGCUGGUGACCCAGCAAAGCUGAGUAUGAAAGCAGCGUUUGGAAAAGUUUGGAAGUUGGAGCAGAAGGGUGGAAGUAUCAUUGGGGGUACCAUCAAAACUAUACAAGAGAGCAAGAAGAACCCUAAGCCUCCUAGAGAUCUGCGAUUACAGAAACCAAAGGGUCAGACAGUUGGGUCUUUUAAAAGGGGACUCAGUAUGCUGCCUGAAGCAAUUGCUUCGAGGCUCGGUGGUAAAGUUAAAUUGUCUUGGAAGCUUUCAAGCAUUAAACAGCUGGAUGGAAGAGGGUAUACUUUGUCUUAUGACACACCUGAAGGAUCGUUAUCCAUCCGGACAAAGAGCAUUAUUCUCACAGUCCCAUCUUACGUUGCUAGCAGCAUCUUGCACCCACUCUCCAAUGAUGCUGCAGAUGCUCUUUCAAAGUUCUUUUACCCACCAGUGGCAGCAGUUUCUGUUUCGUACUCCUAUGAAUCAAUUCGCAAGGAGUGCUUGAUAGAUGGUCAACUGAAGGGGUUUGGUCAAUUGCAUCCUCGCAGCCAAGGUGUAGAGACAUUGGGAACGAUUUAUAGCUCAUCACUUUUUCCAAAUCGUGCUCCACCUGGCCGGGUGCUUCUCCUUAACUACAUAGGGGGCGCAACCAAUCCUGGAAUUUUGUCCAAGAGUGAGAGCAUGCUUGUGGAGGCAAUUGACCGAGAUCUUCGAAAAAUGCUUAUCAAUCCAAAUGCUGAAGACCCUCUUGUUCUUGGGGUCAGAGUAUGGCCUCAAGCCAUUCCCCAGUUCUUAGUUGGGCAUCUCGACCUUCUUGAGGCUGCAAAGGGUGCUCUGAGAGAUGGUGGGUUUGAAGGGCUCUUUCUUGGAGGUAAUUAUGUGUCAGGUGUAGCUUUAGGCCGAUGCAUCGAGGGUGCUUAUGAGAGUGCCAUGGAGGUCUCAAAUUUUUUGGCCAAAUGUGUGUAUCAGUAGUGGUGUCUGCCAUCUGAAACAUUUACAGCGGUUUGGUUGUUAGAGAAAUGGCAGUUUUUUUGGUCCUAUGUGAUUCUAGUAUGAUUAAUACUUGGCCAUUGUAUUUUACUUACUGUUAAUGAAGUACAUAUCUUUUUAACUUCAAAAAAAAAUGAAGUACAUGUCGUUUUUAUA